AUGGCGCCCAGGAGAUUCGCCGCCGAGGAUGCGGACCCUACGCCGCUCGCGCAGCCUCUCCACUUUGCCUUCUCGGGCAGAACGGCCAAAAACCGCUUCCUGAAGGCGUCCAUGUCGGAGCGCCUGGCGACAUGGGACGCUGCGCACCCCGAGAACCGCGGCGUGCCGACGCCCGAACUCAUCAACGUCUACCGCCGCUGGGGCGAGGGCGGCUUCGGCGUCAUCCUCUCGGGCAACGUCAUGCUCGACUACGACCAGCUCCAGGCCGCCGGCAACCCCAUCAUCCCGCCCGGCGCGCCCUUCGAGGGCGAGCGCUUCGAGAGCUUCCGAAAGCUCGCCGAGGCCGCCAAGAGGCACGGCAGCCUCGUCCUCGCGCAGCUGAGCCACCCCGGCCGCCAGGUCACCGCCAACAUCAACCCGCACCCCAUCUCGGCGAGCGACGUGCAGAUCGAGGGCGAGGUCAUGGGCAUGACGUUUGGCAAACCGCGCGCCAUGGACAAGGCGGACAUCAAGAGGGUUGUGGACGGCUUCGCGCACGCCGCCGAGUACGUGCAUAGGGCGGGCUUUGACGGAGUCGAGCUGCACGGCGCACACGGCUACCUCCUCGCGCAGUUCCUCUCGCCGGCGACCAACAAGCGGACGGACGAGUACGGCGGGUCGCUCGCCAACCGGGCGCGCAUCAUCGUCGAGGUGGCCGACGCCAUCCGCGAGCGCGUGGCGGACCCGGGCUUCAGCCUCGGCAUCAAGGUCAACAGCGUCGAGUUCCAGGACGGCGGCUUCAGCACCGACGACUGCCGGGCGCUGUGCGCGACGCUCGAGGGCCGCGGCUUCGACUUUGUCGAGCUGUCGGGCGGCACGUACCAGAACCUCGCGUUCCAGCACAAGCGCGAGUCGACGAGGCGGCGCGAGGCCUUCUUCCUCGACUUCGCCGAGGCCAUCAUCCCCGCGCUCGACAAGACCAAAGUGUACGUCACGGGCGGGCUGCGCACGACGGCGGCCAUGGUGAGGGCGCUCGAGACGGUGCACGGCAUCGGGCUGGCGCGGCCGGUGUGCAACGAGUUCGACCUGCCGCGGAUCCUGCUCGAGGGCACGGCCAAGAGCGCCAUCGAGACGCUGCUCGGCGAGGACAAUUUUGUACUGACAAACUCGCUGGCCAGCACGCAGAUGCGCCUCGUGGGCCAGGACAAGGAGCCGCUCGACGUCAGCCAGGAGAAGGACAAGGACGUUUUUGAGGAGCUGCUGGCCAAGUGGUCCCAGCAGAUGGCCAACAACGCCGAGAAGUCCAAGCAUUCCACAAGACUGAUCGAACCCUCUCUUCGCGUGCGACGCGCCAUCACGGCCAACGAUGCCCUCCUCGUUAAGCGCAUCCUCAAAUCCCACCCGCGCCUCCUCCACAACCCCGACAGCUCGCCCGAGGGCCUCUCCAACUCGAACCUCCACCUUGCCGCCUCGCUCGGCCACCUCGCCAUCUGCCAGGUCCUCGUCGACCUCGGCCACGAAUCCCCCGAACCGGCCCUCAACGAGCACCAUCAGACGGCUUUGAUGCUCGCCGCCAACGCCGGCCACACGGACGUCGUCCACUUCCUCUGCGAGCGCACCCCUGACGCCAUCCUGCGCCGCGAUGUACGCUGGCGCGACGCCAUCAUGGAGGCCAGCCGCGGCGGCCACGACACGGUCCUGCAGAUCCUGCUGACCUACGUGCCCCACGGCGCCCAGGAGGCAGUCCAGCGCGCCGACCUCGACGGCAACACGGCCCUGCACUUCGCCAGCAGCAACGGCAACCUGCUCGUCCUGCGCACCCUGCUCGCCGCUGGCGCCGACGCCGAGCGCCGCAACGCCUGGAGCUGGACCGCCAUGUCGUACAGCGCCACCGUCCAGGCCGAGGUCUACCUCAAGGGCCUCGUCACCGAGGUCGAGCGCCGCAAGAUGGUGAGGCAAGAGGUUGAGCAGCUCAAGAACUCGGUCAAGGGAGCCGCCGCUAUCAAGGCCGGCGGCGUGCGCGUCGUCCAAGAGGACAUCGGGGUGGAAGACUGA